ACUGACUGCCGCCUCCGCUUCUCCGGUCGCAUCGCCGGGGCCGCGUUGCGUGCGGACCGCGCCGCGUGUGCCCGUGCCCGAAAAAUGUAAUAUGGCGAUGGUUGCGUCGAAUAUGAGCGGCCACAUACAGAAACAGCUCACCAGGAGCCUCGAGCGGAUCCUGGAGGAGGCGCAUCUGAGCGGCGAGCUCAAGCUAAGCGGCCGUAAGCUCAAAGACUUCCCGAAGGUCGGGAAGGCCGGCGCGGCGGCCAAGUACAAUCUGCAGGACACCGUGAUCGCCGACCUUUCGAAGAACCGUUUCAGUGAGUUACCGGAGGAAGUCACGGAAUUUCCAUUCCUCGAAAAGCUGCAUCUUUAUCAUAAUGCCAUAAGAAUAAUCCCGGAAACCGUCGUCAUGCUCCAAUCCCUGAACUACCUCGAUCUUAGUCGAAACCAAUUGACGUCGCUACCUCGAGAGAUAUGCAGGCUACCCCUUCAGACGUUGCUAGUCGCACACAACAGACUAGCAUCUCUGCCAGACGAGAUGGGCAGGAUGACAGCAUUGGCAGAACUGGACGCAGGUUGCAACGAAAUCACAAGUCUUCCACCUCGAAUGGGCGACCUUGCGCGACUCCGGUCUCUAGACCUGAGAAGCAACUUGCUGGUGCACCUGCCUAUAGAACUGACGUACCUGAGGCUCGUGAAGCUGGAUAUUAGCGGCAAUCGAAUAUCUGUGCUUCCAAACGAGAUGAGGAAGAUGAAGAGUUUGGUGGAUUUCAAACUGUCCGACAAUCCGUUGACCUCGCCGCCUGCCUCGCUAUGCAUUCGCGGGCGAACGCACAUUUUCAAGUACUUGGAGAGGCAGGCAGCGAAACACGAGAGGGCCAGGGGCGGUCGAACGCGGCGGGCACCUCUGGACGCGAGGGGUCACGCGACGCUGGACACGAGGUCACACCGGCGGCACAACGUCGACAGCGGUUACAGCACCAGCGACGGUGUCGACAAGCGUUGGUCCCAGGAAAUCCACAGCGCGGUACAUGACGGCGAAGUUCGUGGUUUAUGGCGGCAGGAAUGCUCACCGCUCUCGAUAACGCUACCGCACGAGGUAGGCGUGAACGGAUCCUGUAGCGGCACGUCGACGCCCAGCACGAUUUCACCCGGGGAGCACACGUCCCUGGAGGAUGAGUUGGGCAAGGCGAUGAUACUGCACGAUCAACUGGAAAAGAGGAGAUUGGAGAGGAGCACCUCGGAGAAUGGGGCGGACAUUAGGAGACCGAUGAUCUCCGGCCUUCAUCACACAUCGAUUACGCCACCGGGCCAUCUGGAGUCCACGCAUUUGACGAGUCAGUCGCAGCAGUUAUCGUCCGCGCAGCAAUCGGUACACCCGCUCCAAAGUGCAACGGGUCCCGCUGCGUUGGUGAACGGCGACGAUAAGAGGCCGUUCAAUCAUAUACAGACGUACAGGGAGUAUAAAGAAGCUCUGAAGCAGCAGAGAGCUAACGAAGGUCUAAGCGUGUACAGACCUCGCGAGCAAGUGACGCCUCCAGGCAACGAGACGCAAAACGAGACUGACAUGGGCAACAAUAAGGAAACGAUUGCUCUGACCGGCAAGCAAAUUUUCAACGAGGACAACGCGUUGAAGAGGCCCGUGCAGAAGGUUACCCCGUCGCGAAUAAACUACCAAACCACGCCGAUCAUCAACGGUAAUAAUUGCGAGUACAAGAACGGAAAAUAUCUCGAGCAACCUUACAAAAAGCCUAGCUCGCCGAUCAAAACUUCGAGUAGCAUCCUGUCCACGAACACGAGUCCAGCGCACGCGCCCAGAUUGGUAAAAACCGCUGUUGGUUACGUCGAAGGCAACAACAGUCCAAGUAGAAACGGCGGCAGUCCGAAAUCCCCGCGAUCCGUCACAUGGAACAGUAACGUGCCUGAAAAGUAUUCCUUUACUAUGAGGAGAGAGUUCGAACGUGCCAAAGAAGAGGCUGAUCUCAUCGAACAAUUACGAAGUCACAUAGAGACGAGAUUGAAGAUGGCAUUACCGGAGGACCUCGCACCAGCGUUAACGGACGGCGUUGUUCUCUGUCACCUGGCGAAUCACGUUAGACCGCGAUCGGUCGCUAGUAUACAUGUUCCUUCUCCCGCUGUACCUAAGCUGACAAUGGCACGAUGCAGGCGUAACGUUGACAAUUUCCUCGAGGCGUGUCGGAAGAUCGGCGUUGAUGAGGAGGUGUUAUUGGACGCGGACGCAAUCAUGGACGUGGGUUACAUGGACGCGUACGGGCUGGAGGCUCUGGCGCGUCUCGUCACCGCUCUUCUCCUUGCUCGCGAUGCGGGGGAGAGUGGCACCGAAGAGCCGGCCGCAGAUUCGCUUCGUACGAUUCAGGACCGCGUCCUGUCCGCGAUGCUUUUUGCGACAUUCCUAUCCGCCCUGGUUCUACUCUAUCUCUUCCCGAUCCCCGAUUAGUGAGACAGCGUUGAAAACGGGAAGCCGCCAGUGUGCUUGCCAAAUGAAGGAUCGACGAAUUAAGAAAUGGAAAAAAAAAGAGUGCCAGGACGGAAGCUACGAUAAGGCGACUCGAGACGGUGAUUCUCAAGAGUAUCCUCUGGUCUCCUUUUUGACUACUGGAAUUUCGUUUUUGAUACGAAGAGAAUUACCGUCUCGUUCGAACAACGGUACACGCGACACUUUCAAUGUUCGUUUUGCAAAUUGAUAUUUUUAGGGCUACAUAUUCGUGAUUCGAUUAUUUUCGUCGACUUUAUUUGUACUUAUGUUUGUUGAGGCCCAAGAAAGUGUCGUGUUGGAUCCGACUUCGAUGUCGAAGAUUUCCCAAAUGAUGUUCAGCAAAUCGCUUUGAACGAAGAAAAAAAAAUGUGCUUAAUAUUCGAUAGAUGUGGCGCGUUUCUCUUCUAAGAAGACAAACUAUAAAUGUCUAAAUGUUUUGCAUAGCACUACAGGGUCGUCGACAUCGAAGUACUCUGUAAUUUUUUAAAGUGUCUUUCGAAGAGGGUGCAGAUUGAAGGACGGUUUUGCCGUUGUCGCAGCUAGACGCUUUAAGGAAUACCAGAACACAUAUCUUUUGCCGCAUAUGAAAUCGCCGCUAGUCCUCACGAGGGGCAGAGUACUUAGCUUUCGAGAAUCUAUUCAUCACGAUAGUAGCUUUAACAAAAUUGUUCGCUUUUUUCGACCUGCGCUCGCGUAAAGUUUCCUCGCUCGAACACGCGAGCGGGGGAAUCUUGCGGUCAGCGGAGAAUUUUUGUAGGUAGUUUUUAAGUGUUAAUAGGCAGCUUGAUGAAACGUUUAGUCGGCUAAGUAUUAUGUAAGUCUGUAUCUUUUUUUUUUCUGAAGAAGCCUUCAUCGACAAUUGCAAGCGGGAAUAUCAACGAAAGUUCAGGUGAUAAUGUUCCCUGCAAAAACGCGCUGAAGUUUUAUUUUAUUCUAUCGUGUUCGUUCGUCUUCUCCGAGCUUAUACCGCGAAUUAACGUAAAAUCAAAGAGCGCAAUCAAAGUUGGAAGGCGCGCUCGCAUAUCACGUUUAAGUUAUCUGUGAAUGUACCUUACCAGAAUGAACCAGUUAUUAUAUCGCCGCUUCGUGCAAGUCGGCUGUCGUCGGCUAGACCGAUGAAAUGAAUAUUUUGAUAAAAAGAGAGAGAAAAAAAAGGAGAAUGAUCGAAAUCGAGAGUUGAUGUGCAAUACUAGUUCAAGAAUUGUGUAAGUCGUGUAUAUCCCGUUUGACUUUCCGAAUUCUCGGGAAGUAUUUUGCCUUGUAUACGAUGAAAGCCUCAGAAUCUCAAUUACUUACUGGUAUUGCGACAUCACUCUCUGCGUCUCUGGGUCCGCGAACCAGUCCCUCAGGAAGAGAAGAAAGAGCGAACGGAAGGAUAGCUACGAUGCCUAUGAUGAUGGCAAUAUUUUUUUAAGAUUCGACCAAUGAACCGCCUGAGACUCUUUCAGGAUUGGUGGGUCUGUGAUAGGUAGCCUGCGCGAGUGUUACGAGGAUUCACGAAAAGGUGCUAAGGGGAUCUCUUUCAGUUCGAGGAUUUUCUAUUUUGGUAAUGUAAGGUCUGACGGAGGCGUUUAAAGAUAUGAUACGGCGACAUUUAUAUUCAUCCCGUUAUAAGUUAGAAGCGAUGUUUCGCUUUCCUUAUUCAGUAAUUUCCUAAGUAGAUCGAUCGUCUUCUUUAUCGGUUAUCACAAGUAUCGGCACAAGGAAUAACGUUUCCGUUGCGAAAGAGAAGAAACAAGAUGAAGAACGCUCUUCGACAUUUUGUCGACCAAGCUGUUUAAUCGACGAAGUAUCGGUCGUAGUCUAAAAAAAAAAGAUACUGUAUUUUAGAUUAACGUUACUUUGAUCUCAGCGUUAACUUUGCUCGAGUUUUAAUGGAAAUUUCCUUUUGAAAGGAAUAUGAAUUUUGGAAUAUAAGAAUAUCAAAAGUGUAUUCUCCACCGAGAUUUCAUUAUCACGGUGAAACGUAAAGAUCAUACUAUACUAAUUAAUAGAGCGUAAUUAUUCGAUCUGAUUCUAAUUGUAUCGAAAUUUGAACUGACAAAAAUUGUAUUGACACACUUCAACUUUCUAACAUUAUAUCGACUUAAACUCUGAGCUCAGAGUUAUCUUUUGAAAUAGAAACAGCUAGUACGAAACAGCAAACAAUUGAGAUCAAAGUGACUACGAUGUACGACGGUAGAGACAUGGUGCCUGCUACCUGCCAAUUUAUUUUCAUAAAAACUCGAUAGGAACAUAGAGGGCAUAAUAUAUAUCGUCUAUAAUAUGUAAGCGUAUAACUUAUACUUUAAUGUUAAGAGAACAAAUCUUCAGAUUUGCAUAAGAUAGGAUCUCUGUCGGGGGAAAAAAACCAGAUACAAUAUUACAUCACACAUGAUUGACAAACAACGGGCUUCUCAGACAAUGAUUUUGAUACUAAUCGCCACCGUACUUAAGACAGUGCCAAAUUUUUCAAGUUCCAUCGAACGCGACAUUGCUUCGUUUUUCCGACAAGAUCCAAGAUCAUCCUAACGUGAAUUAAGUUACUUACGCUAAUCGUUACCGGGAGUACCGGAACGCUUGCGUUCUGGAAACUUUCGAUAACUGGAAUUUUCAAAGGUUCUUCGUAAAAAAAAAACGUAGGAUUUUUUUAAUGUGUUUCGUAAGUGGGCCUUUAUAACGGGCGACUACUUCGAGAGAGAGACUAUCAUACAAGCAUAAUAUUUAUACGUGUAUCGUCGCGAGUCGACACGCGCAUUAUUGUACGCAGCAUGCCAGUGUAUCUUUUUUUUUUUAAGGGGGUUGCUAGGGCGAGCCGUAUCUUCCACUGAUUUCUUGCGACUACUCGGGAUUCAGUCUGCGAAUCUUGCCGGGAGAUGCACAGUUUACGGGCGCCCGUAUACGCAUAAAUGGCAUUGCAUUUUCGCGUUUGCAGUCGAGUGGGUUUUGCACUUUCUAGUCUACAAUAGUAUCGCUAUUAGCUAUAAGUCGAAACUAUCUCCGUUCUAGUCAGAUUAUUUUCGCCUCUUGCACUUCAUUUCUUUCUCUGCGAUCGCAGCAAGCUUGCUGUUGACUUUCUGCUUGUUUCAUUUGCAACAAUUUUAUUUCGCAGCUGUUACUCAGACUGAACGCAAUAACCAGUUUAAUCAGUUUAGAGCAAUGUUGUUUGGAACGGCCGACGUUUAUUUUCUACAAGCUUUCUCAGUUUAUAUUUUAUUAGCAUUAUUUCUAUUUUGCAGUUAAUUUAUUUACACAAAAUAUAAUUAAUUAUUUAAACGGCUCCUUUCUUAUUGUUAGCCUUACUCGUUUAAAUACUAUUUCGCUGCAUUUAUUUAUUGAACAUUAAUAAUUAAAGAAAGGAGUUUGUUUUCUCUUUUACAUUUAUCUGUAAAAAAUAAAAUGAUCCACACACGUUGAUCUAAUAGUAUUAUAAAAAUAACGAUACGCGUGUCAAACAACAAUUAACAAUAGUAUCUGUAGUAAUCUCGUUAAAACAAAAAAUGAUGAGAAUGUCAGAAGCCUUGAACUGCAAUUGUCGACCGUAAGUUAAAUUGCGCCGUCAGUGGACAAAUUAUCAUCUCCGGGCGUUCCGAAUCUUAAACGCGUAUAAUUAGGCGGUCCGCUAAUAACUUCCGCGCUUACAUCCCAACGAGCGAAUCGUCCAUUACGGAAUAACGAACGAACGGCCGAACGAUGACAAGUCAUCAUCCGGAUAUAUUCCAUUACGUUUAAUCAUCGAUCAUUACGACGACGGGUGCUUAAUGAUCCUCCGCGGGGACGCGAAUACGAAUGGUCACGACGGCCACGUCACGUCAGUAUUAUUCUCAUUAGAAUUGGAAUGGGAGGUAUUGGAUAUAAUUAUUUUCAACUUUUAAGACUGGAUUCGAAUUUAGCGCAUAAUAACAUUUUUGUAUCGUCAGUUGCUUAACACAACGAUCCGCGAUUGAUCUACAUGAUUGCCCGAAUCUUCGAAUUUUCAAAAACGGGCCGGCACAAUGAUUUUGUAAUGAUGUUAUUAGUUAGUUAUUUAUAGAAAUUAUUGAGAGUGGUCAGUUAAAAAUUGAUCGUUAGAUUAAAUUCAACGUUUUAUAUGUGGAGCAAAAAAAAAUCUGUAUCGAACUUCAAUUAGAUCCAGUCGUACUAGUCGAUCUCGUAGAUCGUAGCAUUGAAAUUUCACCAAUAGCUUUCGCUUUCGCAAGAGGCUACAUCGUUAUUAUAAACAUAUUCACAAAACGAAGAGGAAAGAGAGUUACUUAAGAAGGGGGGAAAAAUCAUUCCGUUUGCGUUUAGCUUUAUGUAAUUGUAUAAUUUUUGUAAAGUACGCGAAGAGAGAAAGCUUAUAUAUAUGCAGAAAUAUAUAUAUAGAGAUAGAUAUAUUAUAUAUGAAAACAGAUAUAUAGUUCGUUGAAGCUAGUUCUUUUACGUCGUUUCUGAUCUUUUUUCUUUCUUUUUUUUCUUUUUUUUUACGUUAACGUUAACGUACGUAAGCCAAUUAAAUUAUUCGCUAGCUCGAUAAAUCCACUUGGUGCUUGGUGUACUUUCGUCCGUUGUUGUUUUCGUAAGUUUUUAAAGCUUCUCUUUGUCUAUUUAUAUACAUAUCUAUAUUUAUUCCGCGGCUUUGUACUUGCACGAUCGAUCGUACCUGCUCACCGAUUGUGAGCUUGAGACAAUAAUUUCUUUCUGAAUAGAUAUGUGGCCUAAGCGGAAUUAAGGAUCGACGAGCCCAGCACGAUCGGCUCGUUCCAGCUCGAUUUUCGCGUGGAAUGAAGCGUUCAGCAUUAAUCGAUUUUAGAAAAAAUCGCAUAUACGCACAAUGCAUUUAUUUGUCGUUUCGAUCAAAUCGGGUUUAAUUUCCGUCACAUUUAGAAAUCGUUCAUUAUCGUUUAUUGAUUACAAGAGAAAAAAAAACAUUUCUCAUAAAAGUAUUAGAUAUUUGCGAAGAUUAUUCUGAAGAAAAUUAUCGCAAAUCUUAUUUUAAAUACGUCCGCUCAUUUUUCUCGUAAACUUUUUGACCUUUUCGAUUUCGUCCUAUUAAGGACGAAAUUUGGAAUAAUUGUAUAUUUAUAUAUAAAAUAUAAAUGGGAUAUAUUUUGUUAAUUUAAUGAAUUAUUAAUUUGGAAAUUUAAAUAACUAAUCGAUAAUUAUUACUUAAUGACUGGUUUCGAAUUAAUACACAAAUUUUUGAUUAUAAAUUUACUCUUGCUGUAUUGUAGGACGAAUAAUAGUAAACGACAAUCCAAUGACGAUUCGAGAGUGAAUCGCAUUUUUAAGUGAAAUAUCAUACUUACCGUACUCAGGAAAUACGUGCGUUUAUUCGCCCAAUGCUGCCUAAUUUCAACGAGUGCAAUUAUUCGACCCGAUUCGAUCCGAAGCAUCGCCGUUCAACGAUUACGAUCGAGCCUGCCACCGCGACGUAUCUGCAGAUAUCGUAUCUCGCAAGUCUUUCGCAAAGUGUGUUUCGUUUUUCCUGUCUUUCAUAUUUAAUUUAUUUAUAAACCGUGUUAUAUACGAUACUCGUCCGCCAUCCCUGACGCUUCGUUAUUAGAGAGAGAAAGAGCGGUCCCAGCGGCGGGACGCGUAAAUGCGAAGGGACAAUCAUCGCAUCUCUCCCUCGAUUCCUUCGUCGAAUCGAUGGAUCAAGAACUGAAUUUCUUUAGUUGUCUCGCCGCUCGGACACCGCAGCGAUAUCAUUGACCUUGUUUUUCUCCUUUGAGGUAUACUCUGUAACGUUGAUUGUAUGGGUAAAAAACAUGAUUGUAAUACUAUAGCCAUUUAUAAUAAAAUAUCCUUUUCUUAAA